GCGCUGGGGACACGCCGGCCUAGUGGAGGUUCUGACGGGGACUCCCGGACUUACCAGUAUAGUCGACAUUAGAUCUGGAUACCCAGAGGACGAGCACCGGCCUUUCACUGUAUUCUUUGAUAAUGCUUUAUUUUUAAACUUGCUUGGCUCUGUAUCCUUGCCUGUAGACCCAGGUUACAGUAACCUUUUAAAAAAAAUGAUUUGGGUUUUAUGGGUGGCGUUGACCACUACAGCGGCCGUAGGCUUGGCUGUAAGGCUAGGCUACAGGUACCAGUCUGGCCGGUGUUCCUCUCGCAGGAAACUCUUGGGACAAACUGUCAUCAUCACCGGAGCUUCAGCCGGCAUCGGGAAGGAAACUGCACGAGACCUUGCAAGACGAGGAGCCCGUGUCAUCCUCGCCUGCAGGAACACUAACAAGGCACAAAAGGUUGCAGACGACAUCAUAAGGACUACAGGUAACAGGAAGGUGGAGGUCCGCCAGCUGGAUACUUCUGAUCUCUCCUCGGUCAGAAAGUUUGCUGAAGACAUCCUUGCUACAGAGAAGGCUCUUCAUGUCCUGAUGAAUAAUGCAGCAAUACUUCCUAUGACAGAGAAGAAACUAACAACAGAUGGGCUGGAGCUGACAAUGGCCACCAACCAUUUUGGACACUUUCUUCUCACCAAUAUGCUGUUGGGUCUACUGAAAGCCAGCGCCCCAAGUAGGAUCAUCAACGUAACUUCCCGCCAGCAUCUCGCCCGCCAGACGUUUGAUCCAGACGACCUAAACUAUGAGAAGACGCCAUACCCCGGCUGCACUGCUGUCUACGGUGACACCAAGCUCGCAACCGUCCUCUUCACAGUGGAACUUUCCCGGAAGCUGCACGACACACGUGUGACAGCGAACAGCGUUCACCCGGGAGUGGUCUCGACGGAGAUAUUGAAUAAAGGAGGAGGAACCCGGCUUCUCCCGUACUAUUUCGGCUGGCCAGUGUGGCUCAUGGGAAAAGAUGCAGAACUUGGCGCCCAGACGUUGAUCUACCUGGCAGUGUCGGAGGAAGUAGACGGCAUCAGUGGGAAGUACUUCGUUGACUGUAAGGAUGGAGUGAAACGUUGUCGCUUCAAAAAGAUUAAGACACAGAAAAAGACUUAAGACUGCACAAUAGCUUGGGCGAUAGAGCUUCGACCUCACACACGUGGAGUCCAUGGUUCGAGCCUCCUACAGCCCAGGUGAAUGGAAUGUCGUCGCUUCUCCAUCUUCUGAGGUGUGGUUUGGUCAUCAUCAAAUAAAAAAAACUACUGUAUAUAGAAGUGUAAAGGGGUAAACAAUACUAAAAGAGAAGCCAGCCAACAUUAGUGAGGAUGUUAAGAAAUAUAACAAAUGUACAAUAUAAAGGUGAUAGGCUAUGCCUGUCUAUAUUGGAUUCCAUAAUGUAACAAUAAAGUAGUUUUUAACAUGAUACAAAGAAGUAAUUUGGUAAAACUACUAGAACAUAACAUAUAGUAAAUGGUUUUUAAAAGUAGUAAAGUUUAAUGGGGCAAACACUUAAAAAUAAACACGCAUGUCCUAUAUGAUCUUAAGUAAUUUUUCAAAUGUAGGUGUAAUAAUUAGAUGACGAUGAAGAAAGGACAAAUCUUCAUUUUUUUUAAGCUAUCAGGAACACAAGAAUAUCUCAUUGAGCAAAAUGUAAGUGAAAUGAGUAUCUUUUGAACUGGUUGGGAGACGCAAAACUUUGAAUUAUAAUUGAAAAACUAUCCAACUAUUGCCUUGUUCAAAAAUAAAAAUAAAAA